GAUUUCGAAUUCUUCUUAAUUCAAUUGCGUUAAUCCUGGAAUUCCUAAUUCAUACGAUAAUUAGAAUACUAUAUUGGCGUCGUGAUGGAACCUGCAAUGGAAAAGUUGGAUAUUCAUUCAACUCCUGAAGCUAUUGAGGAUUAUUUGGAAAGGUUCGAAAUUUGGAGCAUGACCAAGAAAGAUGUUAAAGGUGAGAAAAUUGUGGCACAUUUUCUGACAUUCAUUGGGAGAGAAGCGUACAGCUUAUUAAAAACUUUGGCAUAUCCAGAAAAACCUAUCUCACUGCCUUAUGCAACUCUUAAAGAGCUAUUGUUAAGUCAUGUAAAAUGCACCAGUUUUGAAUGCCGUGAAAGGGCGAAGUUUCAUAAGAUGGUUCGUCAAAAUGACCAAAAGGUUCGGGAAUUCAUCCUUGAAUUACAGAAACAAGCUGCCAAGUGUAAUUUCGGUGAUCAACUUCAUGUGCAAUUGAGAGAUCGAUUAAUUGCAGGGAUUAACAUACCGAGUUUGGAAAGAGAGCUGUUAAGAAUGCCAAACUGUUCCUUUCAAGAUGCUAGAACUGCAUGUAUUAACUACGAAGCAGUCAAUGAACUUGAUAUCCAGUCGAUGAACAUUUCUAAUACUUUGCUUAGUCGUCGUGAUGAACUACAAUCUCAGGGUCAAUCAAACUUGCGUUCAUUUAACAGUGAUUCCUAUUCUCGUGUAAAUAUGAAAGGUGUUUCAACGAGGAAUUACAAAGCAAAUCACAAAGGUGAGAUGAAGUUUGGUAAAUGUUUAUCAUGUGGAAAGUUUCAUGCUCGCAAUUCAUGUGUAUUUCGUAAUGCUAAAUGUUUUAAAUGUGGUAAGGUAGGACACAUUCAGUCAGUAUGCAAAGCUAUUGUCCAUUUUGCUUCGAGCUGUACUAAAUCUUGUAAUUUAAAUUUCAAUAAUUCGGAUGUUUCUAGUGAUCAUUUGUCUUUGUCCACUAUUUCAAAAGGUAAUGCUCAUAUUCAGAAGCGAUUAUAUACAUCGCUUGGUUCAUUUCAUGACUUUAUUCUGGACACAGGCAGUAUAGAGUCCAUUAUUUCAUUCAAGAACCUGAAAGCUUUAGAUCCUAACGUUGUUGUACGACCCACUGAAGUAUCAAUACUGGGGAUUACUGGACACAGACUGCCCAUACGAGGAUGUUGUGAAUUGCUAAUCAGACAUGAUAAUUCUUCAUACAUACCUUGUGAAUUUUUAGUUAGCGAAACAGGACUGUCAAUAUUGGGUUUAAAGAAUUUGAAAAGGCUUAAGGUGGAGUUGUCCUUCUUAGUUUCUAAAGAAAAUUCUGAUACUUUACUUAAAGAUUUGAUAGCUAUGUGUGCUAAAUGCAGUGGAGGUAUGAAAAUUAAGCCUAUAAAACUUCAAGUACAGGGUGAUCCCGUCUUUCUUAAAAGACGAAUAAUUCCUUAUGGUCUUCGAGAAGCAGUACAUAAGACAUUAAACGAUUUGUGUGUGAAAGGCAUAAUUGAACCAAUCCAGUCUUCAGCAUGGGGUACUCCUAUCGUUACGCCACUGAAGUCGGACGGCAAGACCCCUAGAAUUUGCGGUGACUAUAGAUUAACUCUGAACUCCCGUUUGUUGAAGCAAACGUGCACGACGGUAGAAGCUGAAGAUAUUCUAAAUCGACUUCAUGGUUCUAAAGUGUUCUCGAAAGUUGACCUAAAAGAUGCUUAUCUUCAAAUUCCUUUAGAUGAAUCUUCAUCUAUUUUGACGACAAUUAACACUCCUUUUGGUCUGUUCAAAUACAAUUUCCUUCCAUUUGGUCUAAGUUGUUCUCCAGCCAUAUUUCAGGAAGUUAUGAAUAAAGUAGUUAGUGAUCUUGAAGGUGUUGAAGUUUAUCAAGAUGAUCUCAUUGUUCAUGGCUCUAAUAAGGUGGUUCAUGACCAGAGACUUAUUGCUUUAUUGCGACGUUUAAUUGAGAAGAAUAUAACAGUGAAUCCAAAUAAGUGUUCAUUUUGUGUAUCUAGUUUUGAAUGCCUUGGAUACCUAGUUGAUGGUAAUGGUUUUAGACCAGAUAUGAAACGACUAGCUCCAUUGACUAAUGCACCGUCUCCGAAAAAUCUUACAGAAUUACGUUCACUAGUGGGUGCUCUUCAAUACUAUUCCCGUUUUAUUCCUAAUUUUUCUUGUCGUGCAAAUUGUUUAUUUAAUAUUUUAACAUCAAAUUCAUUCAAAUGGAGUGAGGAACAAGAGUCAUGCUUACGAAGUCUGCUGAAGUUUCUUCAAAGUGAUGCUGUUCUUCGAACGUACUCCCCUAAUGUACAUUCUGUGCUUAUUACUGAUGCAUCACCUGUGGGAAUUGGUGCAGUUUUGGAACAGGAAGGUAGACCAGUUAUUUGUGUUUCACGCAAACUUACUGUUACUGAACAAGGUUAUUCACAGACUCAGCGAGAAGCAUUAGCUGUGUUUUGGGCUGUUAAAAGACUUCAUAAAUAUUUGUUCGGAAAGAAAUUCACUAUUGUUACUGAUCAUGAAGCUUUAAAGUUUAUUUAUCAUCCCGAAAAAUCCUUAGCACGUUCCUCAGCAGCUAUGGUUCAGCGAUGGAGUAUUGCUUUGAGUGCAUAUGACUAUACGGUUCAGCACAGAAGUGCCAAACAGAUUCAACAUGUUGAUUACAUUUCUCGACAGUCAUUACAAGAUAAACCUAAUAAUACUUCGGAUUGUUUGUUAGUGCAACCUUUACCAGUGAGACGUCCAGAUCUCAUUAGAGAAACUCGUAGAUAUUUUGGAUGUAUACUCAGUGCUAUAAGGAAAGGUUGGAAUGCUAAUUUGAAACGGAGAUUUCCUAUCUAUUUUUCAAAGCGGGAUGAGUUAUCUACUACUCCUGAUGGUAUUCUGUGUUUAAACGAUCGUGUUGUCAUUCCUCCUUCAUUGCGUAAAUCUGUUCUUGAAGAUCUUCAUAGUGGUCAUUUAGGUGUUGAGAAAAUGAAGUCCUUGGCAAGGCUCACAUGCUGGUGGCCAGAGAUAAAUGCAGAUAUAUGUCGUACGGCAAACAAUUGUGAGAAAUGUCAUCAGUUGAAAAAUCAUCCUUCGAAGUGGGUGCCAUGGCCAGUAUCGUCUGAGGCCUGGCAGAGGAUUCAUGCUGACUAUUGUGGACCAUUUCUUGGUAAAUACUACGCACUAGUAGUCAUUGAUUCUUUUUCAAAGUGGCCUGAAGUUUUUUUCACAACUUCACCAAAUUCUGAUUUCACAAUACAAGCAUUAAGAAAGGUGUUUAGUCGAGAAGGUGUUCCCUUGGUGUUGGUGACUGAUAAUGGCUCACAUUUUUCUGCAGAUGCAGUCACUACCUGGUUGAACGGUAUAGGGUGCAAACAUCUAUUUACUGCUCCCAGACAUCCGUGUUCUAAUGGUCAGGCAGAGAAUUUUGUUAGGACAUUAAAGACUGCUAUUGAUUCUAUAGCCCCCUCAACAUUUAAUGAGCUGGAGAGGGGAGUAGAUACCUUUCUAUUGCAAUAUAGAAAUGCCAAACAUUCGGUGACGAAGGAGACUCCAGCGAAGCUAUUGAAAGGAAGAAUUCUUCGGUCGAAUAUGAGAUGUCUGGAGUCUGCAGAGGUUACAUACUAUCGAGGAAAUGAUCUUCGACCAUCUACGGGUAUUGUUCUGAAGAAUGUCGGAAAAUCGAUGGUGCGAAUUCUAGACAUCGAUGACUUAAGUACACACAGUCGACAUGUAGAUCAAAUACAAUUUCAGGAACCAGGUGAGUCAGUUCCAAUUUCAAUUGUUAAUUCUAAUGCUAAUGAGCAUAUUCUAGAUAAUACAGAAUCCUUAUCCAAUACAAUGUCAGACAGACUCAGGAUGAAUUUGAGAAGAAGACGCACGAUUGAUUACAAACACCUAGACUCCAAUUUAAGCUGUGGCGGAUGUGGUGUUUGAAUGAACCAAUGAUACCUUUGUACUUGUUGAAUGCUCGAUUUCGAAUUCUAAAUACAAUACAUUCGUUUGUGCCUGUGUCUUCUUAAUUCAAUUGCGUUAAUCCUGGAAUUCCUAAUUCAUACGAUAAUUAGAAUACUAUAGAUAUUUAAUGGAAAUAUGGCUGUGGUCUAUGAGUGCAGAUAAUAAAUAUACUAAAGUUCACUUAUCGUAACAUCAGGCAAUUGAGAACAGGAGAAGUGUGUUUGUAGCAGUAUAUUUGAGCGCGGCUAUCAGUGUGUCGUGCUAUGAGGUAUUCAAAACGGAAGAGGAAGUAUUCAGGGUCAUGCAAUUUUAAACAACUUUUACAAUCAUUUGUAGUAAAUGUGCAAAUUAUGAGAAUUAACAAAAGAAAUGCAAAUAGUAUCAAAAAACAAUUGCAAAAUAAGUUUGUUGUGAUUAUCUUCACAAAAUUAAUUUUUAUUUGAAUGCUACAAUAUAUUCGUCUACGGGAACACAAGAAUCUACGAAACGUAAAGAUAAGAAUGAAAGGAAAGAGAGUCAGAAAACAAAUAAAACAGAGUGAAUGACAGUAAAAGUACGUGUGCAGAAUAAAGAAUUUAGUCACUCCAAUCAGACGAAUUUUAAUUGAACCAUCUUUAUUAAAUGACCUUUUUACUAGUUAAUUACAAUUUUUCUCUAUAUGUUGAAUAGUAUGACAUUUGUUUGUACUAGGCUCGAUAAACUGGAUUCUUUUCAGACACAUAC